UCCGGUAAAAUGUAACUUGGAGCUACUUGAAGCCUUUAGUAGUUUAGUUCAAUUUUAUUUGUUUUGUUUGUCUUUACAAAUGAUUCUAGGUGAAUUAUUCGAUGAUAUCGCAAGUUGUGCCUAUAUGUGUGUGUCAAUGGAAUCAAAUAUUUUAAAAGACUAUUGAAUCGUGAUCGUCGAUUCUUUUGAAGCACGAAAUACAUUUAUAACAAAAGGUUUUACAAAUAAUUAUCUAAAACAUUUAUAAACAUGUUUGGCAAAGAAGCUGUCAAACUCAUAACAGAGCUUGAUAUGUAUGAAGAUAUCGGUCCAUUUAAAGAGCAGCUGCUGCGACAAGUUUUCGAAGAAAUGCAAAUGCUGUAUGAAGCAAACUUAGUGGACAGUAACGCGAUACAGAACGAAGGGAACAAUGCGUUGUUGCCGUCCGUACGCUUUCGACAUACAGCUCUGCUGAGAAACAAAAGAUGUGUCCUGGCUUAUCUGUAUCAUCGUAUCAAGCGAUUACGCAAGAUGCGGUGGGAAUUGGGCAGCAUUUUACCGACUGAAAUUACCGCCAACUUGCUGAACGCGGAACUGCAGUGGUUUCAGAAUUACAAUAAAUCUUUAGCCACUUACAUGAGAUCGAUCGGGGACGAUCACGGAUUGAACUUGACUGUGAACAUGAGUCCGCCGAAGACACUUUACGUCGAGGUGAAGUGCUUGACCGACUUCGGCAAGUUGGAGCUCGACGAUGGCGAGGUGGUUACGCUUAAGAAGAACACAUAUCAUCUACUGCCAAGAGCCACGUGCGAACCGCUAAUCAGGCAAGGUAUACUUGAACAUCGUGAGUGAUAUUUGCGCAUAAUAUUAUCUGCGAUAUACACCGUGAAGAAAGAAAUCAAGGUCUCCUUUCAUUCUUGUUGUUUCUAUCGUUUUUACGUCGCGCCCACUGAACUCUACCAAUAUCUCGCGUUUAGCGAUUCUACCCACAUUUUAGUGGUAUAUUUUCAGAUGACCUUACAGUCUAUGGGUGUGACAAUAAACGUUUAUUUUAUCAGACAA